UUGCGAGCAUGCGCUCAUUUUGCGCAUGCGCUCUUAGAUGACAACAAAAGGACGGUGGGGUUUCGGAGCGGGAGUGCCUCUCGUCUCUCUUUUUCCUGCCUGAUGGCUGCCGCGUUGUUGGUGGCGCUGUACGAGUACUCUCCGCUGUUCUCCAUCGCUCUGGUGUUCGUCUGCUUCUUGGUGACCAGCGGCCUGGUCAUGGGCUGGUUUGGGUGGGAUGUUCCUGUGAUUCUGAGGAAUUCAGAAGAAACUGAAUCAAAUAUGAAAGUGUUCCAGAAACAGAUGCGGCAAGUGAAGAAUCCAUUCAGCUUAGAAAUCAAAAACCCAGAAGUGGCUUCAGCUUCAAAUGGCAUUACCCUGGUGUCUAAUUGCCUGGAAGACUGUCUCCUUACAUGCUAUUGGGGCUGCAGUGUGCAAAAGGUCCAUGAUGCUCUGCAGAAACAUGCCUACUGCUUUCGAAUAAAAACUCCACAAUCUUUUGAGGAUGCAAUGUGUAAUGAAUAUCUCUAUUGUCAACAGUAUUGCAUAAAGAAGACAGAAAAAGAGGAAACGCAUUGCAGGUUACCAGAAGAGGCAGAAAUCAAUGAUUUUGGUCGCGUGCCUAGAUCUCGGUACCCUCUAGUUGUACUGUUAACCCUUGCCGAUGAAGGCAGCAGAGAAAUCUAUGACAUUAUUUCUAUGGUAUCCAUAAUUCAUAUUCCGGAUGCCAGUUAUGGGCUUUCCUGCCGGAUACUGUAUCAGUAUCUCCUCUUGGCCCAAGGUCAAUUUCACGAUCUAAAGCAACUGUUCAUGUCUGCCAAUAACAACGCAUCUUCUCUGAGCGUCCCUCUCUCUGGAGAGACAACUGAAGACCACGUCCUGCUUGAAAAGGCUGGCCUGGUGGAGAGUGAGUCCGAGGUGCUGGAAGAGAGCAGCAAGGACUGCAUCGUCUGCCAGAACCGAGCGGUCAACUGGGUGCUUCUUCCAUGCCGACACACCUGCCUAUGUGAUGAGUGUGUGAAGUAUUUCCAGCAGUGCCCCAUGUGCCGGCAGUUUGUGGGAGAGUCAUUUCCAUUAUGCAGCUAGAGAAAGUGAGCCUUGCCAAAGAGGAUCCUGUGUAUGGUACUUAUCAGGGACUCUGUGGCAAAGGAUUGAUAAAAGCUUCAGCUGUUGGUUUUGCAACAGUAUCUUUGAUCUCACAUUUCCUUCUGUUUGAAUGAUGUUGGGUGCCUGGAGAACUCUGAAGCAGCAUUUUUGUUUUCCUUUAACAAAGCACUUAGAAGCAUCACCGUGAAGGCAUGUAACACAGGAACUUCGGUGUGGUCUUCAGGAAUGGGACAAAAGGGGAAGAACUUCAGGCAACAGAAGCAAUGUACUGAACAUGGAAUGAAGGACAUAUUUACACAAAAAGAAGUCUCUUGAGAUUUCCAGGAUAUAUUAUUUAGAGGUUUAUUCCAAGAAACACUGAACAUAUGAAGAACAAAUAUCCACAUAUGUAAGAGAUAUUGGCAAUCUUUAUUUAUUUAUAAAGGUAUUUGAAAGAGUAAAUAUCACAUAGCUUGGCGUUCAGCCAUUAGCAACUUUGCACUUUUUAAGUUAUAGUAGGAGUGGGGGGGAGGAAAUAUAUAAACAUUUUCUACGUACUGUAGCUCUUCAGUAGUUUCAGAUGUCUUUUGUGUAUUCCAGCCUUUGUCUGCUUCAUGAUCUUGAGAUGUGCUGGGAUGAUGCAGGUUAGGAAUUCUAGAGUCCUGACAUAACUGGGAAUUGCCAAGUUGGGGAUGGCUGGUGUAUUCGGUUUUCUUGGGCUUGCUGGAGCUAGGUGCUUGGAUUCAUUUGCAGAUGCAAGGAUGGCAUCGGGUGUGAAUUGUCACUCCCCACAAAAGGAUGUCUAAAGGAUGCAAACUCAAGCAAAUAUUCAUUGAACUGCAAAUCAGUUUCUGCCUGUCUUGUCCUUGGACACUAAAAAUUGGUUUGCCUCAGGCAGUUUUAGACACUACAAAGACAUCGGUGAUGUCAUGAAAAGCUGAUGUGGUCCAAACUCAUUGUGAUGUAAAUUAGUCUAUUGACAAGGAAGAGUGCAUUUGAAGAUAGUGUUAAGCCUUUGAGUGGAAGUGUUUUGUGUAGGUCUUGUCUCCUGCCCAAGAUGUUACUUGUAGUCAGCAUUCUAAUACCUCACUUUGACUUACCCAAAUUCCAAACAUAAUUCUAGACCCCAUAGGAAUUCUAUGAAGUAGGUUUAGCUGAAAUGAGAAGAUGUCUGAGUUCAUGCAUACAUCACGCAUAGCCAUAAUUUAGUUGUUUGUUUUUGGCUUAACUUGCUGUGUGAAUCUAGUUGGUUCUGGUUCAUUAAAACAAAGCAUUUGCUUUACUGUAA